AUGAAGAACCUAGCAAAAAUAGUCAAUCGUAAGAAUAGGAAGGCUCAGAUAGAGCCGGAGAUUGUUCGCGCUGGAGCUUCAACGACUGUAAGUUUGAAUAAGGAUGAUUUUGAGAUGGAAGAUGUUGAGAAGAAGAAACAGAAUGGUGCUCUAGAACUUGAUCAUUUAGAAUUCACUUCUGAUGUUGCUCAAUUAAAUGAUCAACCUGAUGAAAAUCAACAUGCAAUUAAUGUGAUUAACGCUGCUGAUGAUGCUAAUGAGGCUGAUGAUGAAGAAAAAAGCAUGAGUUUGAUGCAGGCUUUAAAAAAAUAUCCAAAGGCUGCAGCUUGGUCUGUGUUGGUUUCCACUACUUUGGUUAUGGAAGGUUACGAUACCGCAUUACUAAAUGCUCUUUUUGCUUUACCUGUAUUUCAAAGAAAGUUUGGUUCUAUCAGUAAGGCCGGUGAGUACGAAAUCUCCUCGCAAUGGCAGAUCGGUUUGAACAUGUGCAUCUAUGUUGGUGAAAUAAUAGGUUUGCAAUUAACUGGUUUCUUGGUUUUCGGUAAUCGUUACACGAUGAUUGGCGCAUUGGGGCUAUUAACCGCUUAUAUUUUUAUCGUGUAUUACUGUCAAAUUUUGGCCAUGAUAGCUGUUGGUCAAAUUUUAUCAGCUAUGCCAUGGGGUUGUUUCCAAAGUUUGGCAGUCACUUAUGCUUCUGAAGUUUGUCCCUUGGCAUUGAGAUACUAUGUAACCACCUAUUCCAAUGUGUGCUGGCUUUUUGGUCAGAUUUUCUCCGCAGGUAUUAUGAAAAAUUCUCAAUCAAACUUGGCAGAUUCGGAGCUGGGUUAUAAAUUGCCUUUCGCUUUGCAAUGGAUUUGGCCAGCUCCUUUGGUCUUGGGGAUUUUCUUGGCUCCCGAGUCACCUUGGUAUUUGAUCAGAAAGGAUAGGUUCGCCGAAGCAAAGAAAUCUUUAAACAGAAUCUUAAGUGGUAGUGGUCCAGAGAAGGAGAUUCAGGUGGAUUUGAAGAUGGAACAAAUUAGAUUGACUAUCGAAAAGGAAAGAAAGGCCAAGCAGAAACAGGGUACAUUUUGGGAUCUUUUCAAAGGUGUUGAUGGUAGAAGAACUAGAAUUACAUGUUUAACCUGGGUGGCUCAAAAUUCAAGUGGUUCUGUGCUAUUGGGUACUCAACUUAUUUCUUCGAGAGAGCUGGUAUGGAUACUUCCAAUCGCCUUCACUUUCUCCAUUAUCUCAUACUUGCUCGGUCUUGUUGGUACCGCACUUUCUUGGAUAAUCUCAGGACGUUUAGGUAGGCGGCAGAUCUUGGCUGGUGGCCUAUUCUUCCAAAUGCUCGUCCUACUCGUCAUUGGGGGUCUAGGUUUCUCUGAUAGUCCAGGUGCCAGUAACGGUGCUGGUGGUUUGUUAUUAGCUCUGUCUUUCUUCUCCAAUGUUGGAAUCGGUUCAGUGUGUUACUGUAUCGUCGCUGAAAUGCCAUCCGCUGAACUAAGAACCCAAACGAUUGUGCUUGCGCGUAACAGUUAUAAUUUGAUGGCUGUCGUAAAUGCUAUCCUAACGCCUUACAUGUUAAACACGGGAGACUGGAAUUGGGGUGCCAAGACAGGUCUAUAUUGGGGUGGUAUGACAGCUCUGACCUUAGCAUGGGUUAUAAUUGAUCUGCCUGAGACUGCUGGGAGAACUUUUAGUGAAAUUAAUGAGCUUUUCGCUAGAGGAGUUCCUGCUAGAAAAUUCAAAUCUACGAUUGUCGAUCCUUUCGGAAAAGGAAGAAUCGCUGACGACAUACAAGACGAUGAUAAAGAAGCUGAAGUUACAAGUGUAUUCCGCCAAGAUAAUGGAAGUAUUUGCACUUGA